CAUUGACAUGAGGAUUGGGAUCCACUCUGGCUCUGUGCUGUGCGGGGUGCUCGGUCUGCGGAAAUGGCAGUUUGAUGUCUGGUCCUGGGAUGUAGACAUUGCAAAUAAACUUGAAUCAGGUGGAAUACCAGGGAGAAUUCAUAUCUCAAAAGCUGCCCUGGAUUGUCUAAAUGGGGACUAUGAAGUGGAAGAAGGACAUGGCAAGGAAAGGAAUGAAUUCUUAAGGAAACACAAUAUUGAGACAUAUCUAAUAAAGCAGCCUGAAGAGAGUCUUCUGACCUUACCAGAAGACAUUAUGAAGGAGUCAAUUAGCUCUUCAGACAGACGAAACAGCAGUACCACCUUUACUGAAGGAUCUUGGAGCCCUGAACUUCCUUUUGAUAACAUUGUGGGAAAGCAGAAU